AUGCGCAUCAAGUCCACUACCUGUUUUUGUGCUGCGGCGAGAGGAACAAGGCUGUCGCGAGUUGCCGAUGAUGUGCGGCAGGUUGGCUGGCAUGAUGGCGCCUCACCCGUGCGGCGGCGUUCCGGUUUCCUUGAACGCGCAACGCUAAGACGCGCUUGCGCCUCUGUCCCCCACCCCCCCCCCCUGACGAGGCUGUUGCCUACGCCACAGAGGGAGGGGCUGAUGUAUUUCGGGUAUCGAGUGGCACAAGCAUCCGCCCGUGCUCGCAGGAAUCCCCUCGUCGAAGAGGUGGCCACCACUCCCGCCUCUCCGGCAGCGGCGCGGCGACCAUGUCACCGAGCCAGCGGUGCCGUGCGGGUAAACACCACACAUGAACACCGCAGAGUCGCUGCGCUAUGGAAGAGCUGCACACCUUGCGAUGGCUGUUUUGAACGAGGGUGUGCUCGCAUGGACUUUUAA